AUGGGUGAUUCACGGCCGCUGCAUAUUUACGAGAUGGAGAACCUCUCAGGGACCCCCCACAUCAUGGUUGGCAUUCAACCUGACGACUUAUUCCGGCAGCGUAAUGCGGUCAUGGACCUUGCAAGGUUCUUUGCACAAUCAUGGAACAACGAUCAACGACCAUCCUCAGCUGACACCACCAUUUUACUUGCAGAUUUCCAGUUCAAAUUCGAUCUUCUUGCUCGAGGCCUACCAUCCCGCUUUGCGCCGAACAUAAAUAGAAUCCGCAAGGAGCUCCCGUCUCUCUUUGCUGCUCUCCCUUUCGUUCUAAGCCACGGGGACCUUAACAUGACGAAUGUACUCAUUAAUCCCAAAACUGGAAAUAUCACAGGAAUUAUCGACUGGGCGGAAUCAAGGAUACUACCUUUUGGCUUCGCGCUAUACGGACUUGAGAAUGUUUUGGGCUGGAUGGAUUCGGAGGGGUGGCAUUACUACGAUUAUCACCGCGAACUUGAGAACCUCUUCUGGAAAACCUUUCAGGGAGAAGCUAAAAAUGUCUCCAACGCGGAUAUGCACUUGAUCCGGGCUGCGAAGAUGGCUGGAAUAUUCUGCCAGUAUGGGUUUGCUCUUGACACAAAAGGUGUGGUGCAAAAUGUGCGGACGGAGCGUGAUGGUAGUCUUGCAUAUCUCAAUGCUUUCGGUAUUAUCAGCGAGUGGACUCCUAAUUUGCCGACCUAUGAUGCGUUAUAA